AGUAAGUAGUAGGACUCUGUAUUCCAAAGUCUAGAAGGGUCCUCCUCUCUUUGUGUCUUUCCAAAAUAACUCAAAAAUCUUGUUUCAUAGUAGCCACAACAAAAUUGUUUUUAUACACUAUUCAGUCACUCAUAUUUUCUCUCUCUUCUUUUCUCACCCACAUCCACAGAAGCAGACAUGGAUGACAACAGAAACCCAGAAGAAAACCAACAACAGCCGCAGCAGCUAGUAACCAUCUCCCCCUCCGCCGCAACAACCACCAGCAGCAAAGACGACCUUCAACAGAAACAACAGCUACAACAGCAGCUAGCACCAAAGAGAACCUCAAACAAAGACAGACACACAAAAGUGGAUGGCCGGAGCAGGAGAAUUCGAAUGCCAGCACUUUGUGCAGCAAGGGUUUUUCAGCUUACAAGAGAAUUAGGCCAUAAAACCGAUGGCGAAACAAUCCAGUGGCUUCUACAACAAGCAGAACCUGCGAUCGUUGCUGCUACUGGUAGUGGGACUAUCCCAGCUUCGUUCCUUGCUGCGUCGUCUUCCGGUGCGUCUGCGGUUUCGCAACAGGGUGCAUCUGUUUCGUUAGGAUUACAUUCGAAACUUAACGAUUUGAGAGCAGGGGUUGAGGUUGGGAAUCGGGCGAAUUGGGCGAAUUUUGGGGAUAAUUUAGGGAGAUCUCAGGUGGGUACAUCGAUUUGGCCGUCUAUUGGAGGUGGGUAUGCGCAAGUUUUCGAUACCGGGUCGAAUUUAGUGAGUCAGAAUUCGGGUUAUGUGACUAAUUUUCAGUUACAAGGGGUUGGAUUGCCUACUACUAAUAUGGGUCUUUUGAGUUUUACGCCGAUUUUGGCUAGGGGAACUCAGAUUCCCGGCCUUCAACUCGGGCUUUCGCAAGAUGGGCAUGGUGGUGUUAUUGGACAAUUAUAUCAGCAGCAACAACAGCAGCAACAACAGCAACUACAACAUCAGCAGCAGCAACACCAAGAUCAUGAACAAAAUAAUACAGGUUCGGGUUCGGGUUCGGGUUCCGCAGCAGCAACUGCGGAACCCGUUCACCAACAUCAGCAGCAGCAGCAGCAGCAGCAUCACUUGCAGUUGCAGUCGCAUUCUAAUGACAAUUCAAGAGAACAAUAGAAAUCAGAUAUUGCUUUCAUUGUUUUUUGUGAAGUACUGUCUGUUUGGAUUUUCUUUUUGUGGUUCAUAUAUGUAAAUGUAAGUAUGCUUUGAGAAUUGUGGAAAUAGGAAGAUUGGUGAGGAAUGUUACUAAAUCAAGUUAAAGCUGAAGAACAUCAUUUUCGGA